AUGAGGUUUGAGGAGAUCCUGGAACAAGUCGGCGGCUUUUCCAAGUUCCAGUUCCUGCUGAUGUUCAUCCUGUGCCUCCCCCGUGCCAUCCUCGCCCUCCACUUCCUCCUGCACAACUUCAUCUCAGCCACCCCUCCUCACCGCUGUGCCCUCAGGAUCCUGGAGGACGAGGACCUCGACCCUGAGGUGCUGGCCCUAAGGAUCCCCCGUCAGGACGACAGCUCCUUCAGCUCCUGUAGAGUCUAUGACCCCCCGCUGACCUUCGACCUCGGCCAAGGAAACAGGACGGCACCUUGUCCACAUGGCUGGAUCUACGACCGAUCACAGUUCAGCUCCACAACUGCCACCGAGUGGGACCUGGUGUGUGACGCCAAGCAGCUCAAUCAGGCUCUCGCCACAUACUUCUUCCUCGGGAUCACGCUCGGAUCCAUUCUGUUUGGACACCUUUCCGACAGGUUUGGCCGUAAGUCGAUGCUCCUGUUGUCUCUGAUCUCCGCCACCACGCUGGGAUUCGCCUCGGCCUUCUCCACCUCCUACCUCAUGUUCAGCGUCUCCAGUGCGCUCUGCGGCGUGGCGCUCAGCGGGCUGUCGAUCAUCGGGGCCGUCCUCGGUAUCGAGUGGACAGACGUAAAGCACCGGACCUUCGCUGGUACCAUCAUGAGUUUGUCGUGGAGCGUGGGGAGCAUGGUCCUGGCCCUGCUGGCCUACCUCAUACGAGACUGGAGACACCUGAUGCUGGCGGUGACGGCGCCCCUCAUUGCCGCUAUCAUUUCCUGGGGGUGGCUGCCUGAGUCGGCCCGCUGGCUGCUGGCCAACGGCAGGGUGGAGGAAGCCCAGAAGUAUCUGCUUCAGUGCGCUAAAAUGAACGGGAAGAAAGAAAACGCGUCCAACCUGGACGCUGAGGCUCUGAGGAAGGUGACGGUGACGGAGGUGGCCAAGAAGAAUCACUCUUACCUGGACCUGUUUAAAACCCCUCAGCUGAGGAAGAUCACCCUCUGCUCGGGAUUAUUCUGGUUUGCCGUUGCCUUCCUUUACUACGGGAUCAGCUUCAAGAUCUCAGGUUUCGGCGUCAGUAUCUACCUCACGCAGUUCAUCUACGGCGCCGUCGAAGUUCCCGCCAAAAUCUCCACCUUCUUCAUCCUGGACUGGAUCGGCCGGAGGAACGGGCAGGCGUGGUUUCUGAUCACAACUGGAGCUCUGAUUGGAAUAAACACUGCCAUACCUUUAGAGUACUCGGUGCUUCGUACUUGUGUCGCUGUGGUGGCGAAGGGUUUCUCUGAGGCGGCGUUCACCACCGCAUUCCUCUACUCAGCAGAGCUCUACCCAACCGUCCUCAGGCAGUGCGGUCUAGGCUACACCUCCUGUCUCUGCCGGAUCGGAAGCUCCCUGGCUCCGAUGAUCCUGCUGUUGGAGGACGUCUGGCUUCUUCUGCCGCCGCUGAUCUUUGCUGUGACCGGGAUAGUCAGCGGCAGCUUGGUCUUCCUGCUCCCAGAGACGCUCAACGUCCGUCUGCCGGAAAACAUCUUCGAUGUGGAGGAGGGAAGACACAGGCAGAGUGGUGCGGAUGGAGAUGCACCGAUUGAGCUGCAGAAAAUGAACCCCGAAGACGCAAUGGCGUCCCGGGACAACUGA